AGUUUUAGGUAUAUUCAUGUUUGUAAUCAAAACCAACGCAAUUGUAAAUCCCCAAGGUCCAACCGUUAUAAGUGACUACACACGAUGUAUUGAUCAAAUCAUCAGAAACGAAUUUGAUAUACCUGGACUAUUAAUAUUUGCCAAUACCGAUAAUGUUAGUACAUCUGUUAUAAGAAUCAGAACAGAACUUCUGAAGAAAAUCAAUGAGAAAUUACAGUUUAGUGUCGAAGUUAUGAGCCCUACCAAAGAAAAAGAGGUCUGUGAGCAAGACUCUUAUAAUAUUGGAAAGUUACACGUGGAUGAUGUCAUAACAGUACCGAUAGCGGAGUAUUAUGUAAUUAUAAUUGACAACUAUAAAGACUUUUCUCUCUUAGCAAGCAAACUCAUACGAUCAAGAAGCUGGAAUCCAUAUUCAAAAUUUGUUAUUUUACUAUUCAACUUCGUUCAUGAUGAUAAUGUCAAUGUCGAAUACGUCGAGAAAGUACUUAGCUGUCUUUUCAAAUUUAACGCAAUAAAUGUAAUCGUUGCUGUGCCUCAAGCAAAGAAUUUUCGAAACGCAGUUAUAUACAGCUGGCGACCAUACGAUCCUCCAAAAUACUGUGGAUAUUUUAAUGAAACUGCUCGUGAUAGAGCGGUUACACAGAAUAUUUGUGAACAUGGUGUACUGAAAUAUAAAAACAAACUAUUUGAUCACAAAAUUCCUCAUGAUAUGAAGGGCUGCAAACUUAAAAUCCUCGCUAUGCCUAAGCAACCAUUUAUAAGUGUUAAUAAAUAUGAUGCCAACAUUGAAAAAUUUAUGGUGAGUGCAGUGUUAAAAACUUUAAACAUGAAACCUACGUACCACUUUGUUGAUGGUCCAAGAGGUGAAAGAGAAGACGUUGGAGUCUGGAAUGGAGGCUUAAAAGAAUUGUCAUCUAAAGCUGGUUACAUUUUAAUUGGUGGAAUAUUUCCAGAUUUUGACGUCCAUGAAGACUUUGAAGCCAGUAUUACAUACUUAGGCGAUGCGUACACUUGGGUCGUACCAAGAGCUCAUAAAUCUGCUGCGUGGGUAGGAUUAGUCAUCAUCUUCAAACGAUUUGUCUGGUACUCAUUAAUCGUUGGAUUUUUCUUAUGUGGUACAGCGUGGACAGUUAUAGGUAAAUUAAGUGGAGAUUCGUCAUACAAUAGCUCGUUUGGACAUUGUUUUCUUAAUACAUGGACAGUAAUACUAGGCUUUGUCUCUUACCUGCAUCCAGUCCAAGAAAGUCUUCGCAUAUUUUUUGUAUUCCUAAAUAUUUACUGCAUUUUAUUUCUUACGGCUUAUCAAACAAAAUUAUUUGAUGUGCUAACAAACCCGUCUUAUGAGUAUCAAAUACAGACAUUUGAAGAAGUGAUAGAAAGUGGUCUUAAGUUUGGUGGUACUGAGGAGCUUCAUGGUUUACUUCAGGACUCUGAUGAUCCCUUCGACAACCGUCUGGGUGAGCAAUGGGUUCUAGUUAAUAAUAUAACUAAGGCAAUGAUAGAUGUCGCUGUGCAUAGAAAUUUCUCAUUGCUCAUUAGUCGCUUUGAGUUAGCUCAUAUUUCGGCCACAACUCCAGAACUAAGUGAUUUUACUGGGAGCUACAAAUAUUAUGGAUUUAAGGACAAUUUCUUUGUAGUGCCUAUAGAGAUAAUAGCUUUAAGAGGAUUUCCCUUCAUGAAAGAAUUUUCGAGGAUCAUAACAUUAUUCAAACAGAGUGGAAUAAAUGAAGGGCUGAGAAUACACUUUAAUACAUUUAAUGAGCGGAGAAGAGCUCGGCUUCUGCGCGCGAUACUAAAAGAAAAGUCAGAUGUGCGCCCAUUAUCAGUGCAGCAUUUACAAGGCGGGUUUUUAGCUUUAAUUUUCGGCUAUGUUGGAGGCACUUUAGCACUUUUCGUGGAAACAAUUUUAAAUACUGGAUGUAUUCAAAGAACAUUUUACCAAUUCCAUCGAAAUGUUUAAAGAGUAAAGUGCU